GUCUCGCUUCGCCUCCGCGCGCGCGAGAGAGAGAGAGAGACGAACAAAUCCUGCGGUCCAGCUCGCAGAUUCCCACCUCCCCGUCUAUAUAUCGCCGCGCAGCUUCCAGAUCCCCCUCACCCACCACCACCACCGCCUUUCUCCUCCUCCUCCGCUCCAAUCCGCGACCCUUCCUCCAGUUCUUGUUCUUGUUCUUGUUCUUGUUGCAAAGAUUCGAGAGAGAGGGAGAGAGAGUUUUGUUUGUUGUUGUUGUUGUACAUGGGGCUGGACGUGGGGGAGAUCGGGAUGGGGCUGGAUUUGAGCCUGGACCUGAAGAUGUUCGCGGCGAGGAGCGCCGUGAGGAUGGCGGCGGCGGCGGCCAAGGAGGCGACGGGGGUGGAGGCGUGCAUCAGGAGCCUCGAGGAGGAGCGCCGCAAGAUCGAGAUGUUCAGGCGCGAGCUCCCGCUCUGCGCCCGCCUCCUCGCCGACGUGAUCGAGCUGAUGAAGGAGGAGGCCGGGAAGAGGAGGAAGGACGGCGACGACGCGGAGGCGAAGGCGGAGGACGGCGACAAGACGAAAUGGAUGAGCACCGCGCAGCUCUGGGUGGACAGCCGCGGCAGCGACGCCGAUUCCGAGAAUGACCGACGGAGCGGGAGCACCUCGCCGGCGUCGAGGUUGCUCGGCGGCGCGGAGGAGUCGUCGUCGAGGGCCGUCGCGCCGCCGCCGUACUUUAGGAGGGAGGAAAGGGUGGUUCUACGACCCGCUAUGCCGUUGCUGCCUCCGGCUUCCCACAGGUCGCCUCCUCCGGCGGCGGCGGCGGCUGCCACCGCCGCCGGCGAUGACCACCGGCACGUUGUCGCGUCAAGCUUUGCCACCGCCGUGCCGUCACCCGUCCCGGCGGCGCUUAGCUUGCAGGCUCAGGCGCAGCAGCAGCAGCAGCAGGCGAGGAAGUCGAGGCGGUGCUGGUCGCCGGAGCUUCACCGGCAGUUCGUCGCCGCCUUGCAGCAGCUCGGUGGCCCCCAAGUUGCUACUCCAAAGCAAAUCAGGGAGGUGAUGAAGGUUGAUGGGCUCACCAACGACGAAGUGAAAAGCCAUCUCCAGAAGUAUCGGCUGCACAACCGGAAAUCACCAGGCACAGCUUCAGCGAGCCAUUCGAUUGUACUUGUUGGUGAUCUCUGGGCUUCUCAGGAAGUAAGCUGCUCUCAAUCCGGAUCACCUCAAGGUCCCCUUCAGCUCUCCGGCUCAGGGGUGGCCGUCUCGGCGGCCACCGCCGGCGACAGCUGCUGCGAGGAUGAUGACAAGUCGGAAGGCUAUGUCCGAAAAUGAUCGAAAGAUCGUGCUCGUGGAAUCUUGCUAGACAGAGAGGUAGAUUGAUGGAUUUUCGGCUUGCGCAUCGAUGCAAAAUUGCCAAUAAUGGAUUCAGAAACUCUGAGGAGGAUGGUAGUGUUGGCCAUGUAUACAGGGAAGAUUGAGCUGUUGAGAGCUCAAGUGAUGAACUGAUCAUGAGCUGGGUUGUUGUGGAUGUGUAGAUGAAGAGCUGCUACCACCCAUGAGGCUUGCAAAGUGUCGGGCAGACCCCAAAUUUUCGCCCUGAGAUUUACAUACAUAUUAUACAUAAAUAUAUACAAGAUUCGCAUAUUGUCGUUUUUUUCUUGUGAUGAACUGAUGAUCAGUGAUCACAGUGUGAUGAACUUGCUAUGCUUGGGUGAAUAAAAAUGUUGCUUUUUUCCUCUCGGCGUUCAGGUGAAGCUCAAGCUGUUGCAGUUAGGUCAUUGCAAUGCAUGUGGUUGCCAUUAAGCAGAUAUUUCACAACGGAUUGCCAAACUGUAAUCUGGCUAUCUGAAAAGUUGUAACUUGCUAGCUUUCUGAUGUUUAGUCCUCUGUUGCUGAAAAUUCACCAGUAACACCAAAUACAACUGUGAACAAUCCAAAGUUC